AAAGUACAACAAAAUAAAAACGAAUCGAAAUGUAUUUACCCUAUACCCAAUUACCCGAUCCGACGGAUAAAUUCGAGAUCUAUGAGGAGAUUGCCCAGGGUGUCAGUGGCAAGGUGUUCCGAGCUAAGGAGCUAGAAUUGGAUCGCAUGGUGGCCUUGAAGAUUCAACAUUACGAUGAGGAACAUCAGGUGGCCAUUGAGGAGGAAUAUCGCACGUUGAGGGAUUAUUGCAAUAGUCCCAACUUGCCCGAGUUUUAUGGAGCUUACAAGCUGGAGAAGGGCAAUGGUCCCGAUGAAAUAUGGUUUGCCAUGGAGUACUGUGGUGGUGGAACUGCUACAGAUUUGGUAAACCGUCUUUUGAAACUGGAUAGGCGUAUGCGUGAGGAGCACAUUGCCUAUAUAAUCCGGGAGACAUGCAGGGCAGCUGUGGAGUUAAAUCGCAAUCAUGUACUACAUCGUGAUAUACGUGGCGAUAACAUUUUGUUGACCAAGCAGGGCAAUGUUAAGCUUUGUGAUUUUGGUUUGUCACGUCAGGUGGAUUCGACUUUGGGUAAACGUGGCACCUGCAUUGGUUCACCCUGCUGGAUGGCUCCCGAGGUUGUUAUGGCCCAGGAAGCUAGAGAUCCGGAGAUAACAACCCGUGCCGAUGUUUGGGCCUUGGGCAUAACCACCAUUGAAUUGGCCGAUGGUAAACCACCAUUUUACGAUAUGCAUCCAUCACGUGCCCUCUUCCAAAUUGUGCGUAAUCCGCCGCCAACUCUGUUCAAACCCAGCAAUUGGUCCCAACAGCUAAUCGAUUUCAUUGCUGAGUGCUUGGAGAAGAAUCAGGAGAAUCGUCCGAUGAUGGUGGAAAUGGUAGAGCAUCCAUUUUUAAAUGAACUAUUCGACAACGAUGAUGAGAUGCGCAAUGACAUUUCCGAACUUUUGGAACUGAGUCGUGAGGCCCAAGGUUUCUAUCGUGAACCUGAAGUUCUUGUGGAUCGCGGCUUCCUCAAACGUUUCGAGGGCAAACCGGAGCGCAUGUUCCCCGAAGAUUUGGCUGCCAUUGAAAACCCUGCCGAGGAUGUGGUCCUGGAAUGUCUUCGCAAUCGCAUGGAAUUGGGUAACUCCUACUCGUUUAUUGGUGACAUCCUACUUUCGCUGAAUUCGAAUGAGCUGCAAAAUGAAUUUCCACCGGAAUUCCAUGCCAAAUACAAUUGCAAAUCUCGAUCGGAAAAUUUGCCACAUAUUUUUGCUGUGGCGGAUACCGCUUAUCAGGAUAUGUUGCAUCACAAGGAACCCCAGCAUAUCGUAUUUUCGGGUGAAAGCUAUUCGGGAAAAUCGACAAAUGUCAAACUUCUCAUGAAGCAUUUGUGUUAUUUGGGUGCGGGAAAUCGUGGUGCCACCGAACGUGUUGAGAAUGGAAAUAAGGUUAUUAUGGCCUUGGUGAAUGCUGGCACUCCGAUCAACAACGAUUCGACCAGAUGUGUUAUGCAAUACUUUUUGACAUUUGGCAAGACGGGAAAAAUGUCGGGAGCUGUCUACAAUAUGUAUAUGCUGGAGAAGUUGCGAGUAACCACAUCGGAUAUGACCCAACAUAAUUUCCACAUUUUCUAUUACUUCUUCGACUAUCUAAAUUCCGAAGGCCUGUUGAAAGAAUAUAACCUAAAAUCGGAACGUGGCUAUCGUUAUUUGCGUGUACCACCCGACGCUCCACAGGGUAAACUAAAAUAUCGUCGUGAUGAUCCGACCGGCAAUAUUGAACGUUUCAAGGAGUUCGAAAAAAUUCUACAAGAUCUCGACUUCAAUCACAAACAAUUGGAAAGUGUACGCAAGAUAUUGGCUGCCAUUCUGAAUAUUGGCAAUAUACGUUUUAAACAAGUCGGAAAAUAUGCCGAGGUGGAUAAUACGGAAAUGAUAACACGUAUUGCCGAAUUGUUGCGUGUCGAUGAAAAGAAAUUUAUGUGGUCAUUGACAAAUUUCAUUAUGGUUAAGGGCGGUGUGGCCGAACGUCGUCAAUAUAAUACGGAUGAGGCUAGAAAUGCUCGCGAUGCUGUGGCAUCGACUUUGUAUUCUCGUUUGGUUGAUUGGGUGAUUAAUAAAAUUAACAUGAAUAUGGCAUUCCCUAGAGCUGUUUUUGGUGACACCAACUCUAUUGUCAUCCAUGAUAUGUAUGGCUUUGAAUGUUUCAACCGCAAUGGCUUGGAGCAGCUGAUGAUUAACACCUUCAAUGAACAGAUGCAGUACCACUACAAUCAACGUACCUUUGUCAAUGAAAUGCUGGAAAUGGAAGCUGAUGAUUUACCACCAAUCAAUUUGAAUUUCUAUGACAAUAAGACGGCUCUGGAUAAUCUUCUCACUAAACCCGAUGGACUAUUCUACAUUAUUGAUGAAGCCUCACGCAUGAGUCAAGAUCAAGAUUUAAUAAUGGAUCGCGUUUUGGAGAAGAGCAGUCAAUUUGUUAAGAAGCAUACUGCCACAGAAAUCUCCGUGGCCCAUUAUACCGGACGCAUUGUCUAUGAUACACGUGCCUUUACCGAUAUUAAUCGUGACUUUGUGCCACCCGAAAUGAUUGAGGCUUUCCGUUCAUCAAUGGAUGAGAAUGUUAUGGUUAUGUUCACCAAUCAACUAACCAAAGCUGGUAAUUUGACAAUGAAUUUUGAAAGUGUUCAGCACGCUGACGAUUCACAAAGAAGAUCAUAUACCCUAAAUACCUUGUCGACCGGUGUCAUAUCCCAAGUCAAUAAUUUACGUACAAUGGCUGCCAAUUUCCGUUAUACAUGCUUGACCAUGCUCAAAAUUCUUAGCCAAAAUGCAAAUAUUGGCGUCCAUUUUGUUAGAUGUAUUCGUGCCGAUUUGGAAUACAAGCCGAGGGCAUUCCACAGAGAUAUGGUGCAGCAGCAAAUGAAGGCAUUAGGUGUUGUGGACACAGUGAUUGGUCGCCAACAGGGCUAUUCGUGUCGUUUGACCUAUGAAGAAUUUCUAAAGCGUUAUCAAUUUUUGGCUUUCGAUUUCGAUGAAACUGUUGAUAUAACUCGUGAAAAUUGCCGUCUACUUUUGAUUCGUCUGAAAAUGGAAGGAUGGGACAUUGGAAAAUCUAAAGUGUUCUUGCGCUACUACAAUGAUGAAUUCUUGGCAAGAUUGUACGAAACAAGUGUAAAGAAAAUCAUUAAAGUCCAAUCGAUGAUUCGUGCCCUAUUGGCAAGAAAACGUGUCAAAACCGGAGGAAAGCCAGCAGCAGCCAAAGCUCCCGGUACCCAUGACGUUGCUGCCGCUAAAAUACAAAAAGGUAAUGAUCAAUAUCUUGGUGUAGAUGUUGAAUAUGUAGACGUUAGUGAAACUCCCUCAGAGGCCGAAGAUAAUUUCGAAGAAUCCCGUAAGGAGGAGGCUUUGGCUGCUGCACGCAUUUCUCAGCGCGAGAGCAUGGUUUUCGAUCAGGAAGAUGAAUAAGAAAAU